GAGCAGAUGGUACAGGCCGAGCCGGCUGUCUGAGGCGCUGGAUGCUGCUCGCACUUCUUCUCCCAGACUUAACGAGCGGAACAGCGGAAUAAAAAUCUGAAUAAAAUCUUUCAAUGGCUUCCAACUUCAACGACAUUGUGAAGCAGGGCUAUGUGAGGAUCCGGAGUAAGAAACUGGGGAUCUUCAGACGAUGUUGGCUGGUGUUCAAAAAAGCGUCGAGUAAAGGGCCGCGUCGAUUAGAAAAAUAUCCCGAUGAAAAAGCUGCCUACUUUCGAAGUUUUCAUAAGAUAACUGAGCUGCACAACAUCAAGAACAUUACCAGAAUGCCUCGGGAGACAAAGAAACAUGCCGUAGCAAUUAUCUUCAGUGACGAGACAUCGAAGACAUUUGCCUGCGAUUCAGAGUUGGAGGCAGAGGAGUGGUGUAAGUUGCUUUGUUUCGAGUGCUUGGGCAGCCGGAUCAAUGACAUCAGCCUCGGUGAGCCAGAUUUAUUAGCAGCAGGGGUGCAGAGGGAACAGAACGAGAGGUUUAACGUGUAUCUGAUGCCCACGCCUAAUCUGGACAUUUAUGGCGAGUGUACGAUGCAGAUCACGCAGGAGACUAUUUACCUAUGGGACAUUCAUAAUGCCCGAAUUAAACUGGUCAUGUGGCCUCUGAGUUCACUGCGACGCUACGGACGAGACUCUACAUGCUUCACCUUCGAGUCCGGAAGGAUGUGCGACACAGGAGAAGGAUUGUUCACGUUCCAAACGAGAGAAGGAGAAGUUAUCUACCAGCGAGUUCAUUCCGCCACACUGUCGAUCGCAGAACAGCAUGAACGCAUGAUGCUGGAAUUCGAGAAGAAGUCACAGACCUUGUUAAGCCAGAACACAUUAACCAAGUCGAUAUCUCUGCCACGGAGUGCUUACUGGCACCACAUCACACGUCAGAACAGCAUGGGAGACAUUUACAGUUAUCAAGACAAAACAACAGGUGUGAGUUCGAUGAUGACCCUCAUCCCUCGAGCUCAGACUUUCCAAAGCUUCCUCACUGAAGAGACAAAAGAGGAAAAGAGAGAGAAGGAGAGACCGGCUUCGCCCUCUAGUGAACAUAAAGGGCAUUACAGCUCAGCACUACUGCACUGACACGCACUCACACUUCAUGGGGAAGAAGGACGACAAAGAAAAAAAAGAAGAGAGUUAAAAAAAAAAAAAAAGACAUUUUACAG